AUGGACUCGCAGCAUCUCGUAUCGCCGCAAGAAGCGGCCGCUCAAGCUCAGGCCCGAAGAAUGCAACCAUCAGACGCACUUGGCCACCACAGUCAUCAUCAUCACGGUCACGCAAGCUCCGACGACGUUUCAGGAAGCCAAUACUUCAACCCGGCAGCUAUGCACUCGCGCAACAUCGGCAUGGACAGCGGCAACCAGCAGUCUCACUACGGCGGCAUGCAGCUGCCUCCGCUCGGCGCCGGCCAGAGCAACGGCGGUCACGGAAGCAUGGGCCACCACGCCUAUGGCUAUGGCCAGUCACAUGCCAUGCCCUCCCAGCUGUCAUAUCCUCAGCAUUCGCCAAACCCUUCGCACCCCCAUAUCUCGGGUGGACAGAACGCCGGCCCCAUGUCCAUGUACGGCUAUGGCGUUCACCACACGUCGCCUCAGCAACAUUACUCGCACGUCCCAGGGCAGGCUGCUCACGGCGGGAUGGGUGGCAUGGUCGGUGGUCCCGGCUCCAACCCCAUGAUGGGCGCCCCCGGUUCAGGCUCCUCUUCCGGUGACUUUGGAAGUCACGGUUUCGGUCAACAGUCGCACUACCACCAGUACUUCCAGCCGCAGAGCCUCCAGAGCAUCUCGCCAAGCCAGGCCGGUGCUCCUCCUUCGGCUAGCGCUGCUGCUGCCCCUGCUGCCAACGCCGCUGGCGCUCAGGCUACUGUCAAGGGCGGCAAGAACGCCAAAGCCCCCAAGGCUCCUAAAGCUCCCAAGGUCGACAAGAAGGCUGCUGCCGCCGCCGCCGCCGCUGCUGCUGCUGCUGCUGCUCCUGCAAAGUCUGUCCCUGCCGCCAAGAGCAAAGCUGGCAGGAAGGGCGCCAGCGCGGAUGCGCCUAAGGCCAAGUCCAAGGCCCACCCCUAUGCCCAACCCGAGCCCACCGAGGACGGAAAGCCAGCCAAGAAGUCAAAGAAAAGCGAGGAUGCUCCCAAGCCUUCCACGCUCAAGUCGCGUCUCAAGCCGCCCAAGCAGGCUCCAUCUGCGUGGCAGAUCUUCUUCACCGAGGAGCUCCAAAAGAUCAAGGCUCAAAGCCCCGACGAACGCCUCAACGUUGCUCACGUUGCCAAGGAUGCCGGACAACGAUAUGCGGCUCUUCCAGAGUCGAAGAAGCAAGAAUUCCACCAGCGCAGCCUCGAAGCCAAAGAGCAGUGGGAGCGCGAGAUGGCUGAAUGGAAGUCCAAGCUCACGCCUGAGGACAUUCGCCAGGAGAACUUGUACCGAUCCGCCCAGAGGAAAGCCGGCAAGUCGAGAAAGGGCAAUCUGAAGGAUCCAAACGCUCCCAAGAAGCCGCUUUCCGCCUACUUCUUGUUCCUUCGAGCCAUCCGUGCUGAUCCCAACAUGACCCAGGCUGUCUUCGAAGGUGAGCAGGAGACUACUAAGCAAAGUGUCCUUGCUGCCGCCAAGUGGCGAAGUCUCAGCGAGAUCGAGAAGCAGCCUUACCUCGACCGCGCUGAAGCCGACAAGGCUCGCUACGAGCGUCUGCGUCGCGAAUACGAAAGCAGCAACGGUCUCGAAGCCUGA